AUGAAAGCGCUCGGCCUGCUGAUCGUGUUGGCGGGCUGUUUCCGGGGCGGUGAGGCGCAGUUUCCGCGGGUGUGCACCAGCGAUAGCGUCCUGAAGAGUAUGGAGUGCUGUCCGACUCCGCCGGGUUUCCCCGAGCCGUGCGGCGGACCCGGGCGGGGCCGCUGCGAGAACAUCCCCGACCCCACCGUGGAAGAGGAUAUCGUAACCUGGAAUGACGCGUACAACUAUGACGACCGGGGCCGCUGGCCAACUAAGUUCUUCAACAGGAGCUGUGUGUGUGAGGGAAAGUUCAGCGGGUACGACUGCACCAAGUGCAUCUGGGGAUAUCGAGGAGAGAACUGCGAAACAAAACAAAAGACGGCUGUGCGCAAGAACAUUAAGAAUCUUAGCUCAGAUGAGAAAGAAAAGUUCCAGCGCUACUUGGACCUCGCCAAGAACACUGUCAGUGACAUCGUCUUCCCUACGAAGUUCCUCGGCAUAUUCAGGGGAAUUAAAAGCAAAGACUUCGUCAACGUCUCCGUGUAUGACUCCUUCGUGGCGCUACAUUACUACGCCAGCCGCUUUACAAUGCCACCUGCUAUAUCAGGCCUCUGUCGGGAUUCGUCCGAAUGUUUCUUUGACUAUGCGCACGAAGCUGUCGGUUUCCCCACCUGGCACCGCAAAAUCCUACUGGAGAUAGAGCGGGCCGUGCAGGAGGUGAACAGCGACCCCGACUGGACCCUGCCGUACUGGGACUGGAGCGCGGCGGAGGAGAACCAGUGCGACAUCUGCACCAAUGAGUACGUCGGCGCUAACGACGAGGACGGCAACCUUGACCCGGGGUCCAUCUUCGCGAGCUGGUGGACCAUCUGUGAACACCUCCCUGAGUGGGAGGAAUCAGUUGUCAAGUUCCGCACCACACCGUGCGACGUGAGCAACAACACCUAUUGGCACCUGAAAAGGAACCCUGGGACGCAAGACACGGCAUAUUUUGGGGAAUCAAUGGCUUUCUUGCCCUCCGCUGAAGAGGUGGACUUCGCCAUGCGCUUCCCCGUGUACGACACGCCCCCUUACAUCAGGUACUCAAACUGCAGCUUCCGAAACCUGCUGGAGGGGUUCGCGGACACCUCCACUGGCAAGAAUCACGAAAACGGAAACGUGGUAGUGUUCGGAGCUCACACCCUGCACAACCAAGUGCACAUUUACAUGAACGGCACCAUGGGAGAAAACCCAACCUCGCCGAACGACCCGAUCUUCUUCCUUCACCACUGCAACGUCGACCGCCUUCUCGAGACCUGGAUGCGACUAUAUCCGGUCGUGGAGUCGGCUCUGCCAGAGAGAGGUACCCCGCCCGGCCAUAACCGCAAUGACUACAUGGUGCCGUUCUUCCCGCCGCGCAGCCACGCCACCAUGUUCAAACGGUCCACGGAGUUCGGCUACGACUACGAGGAAUUUUACGAAGACCCAACGGACGGAAACGACAUGGGAGAAUGCAGCGCUGCGGUGCCAGAUCGGGAGGGCGUGUCUCCGGAGGCGAUCGGGUUGGGUGUUGGUAUUGGAACUCUCAAAAUCAUGCAGCAGCAACAGUUGUCAAAUUGA